AUGCCACAAUUAGACACAUCAACAUGAUUUAUUACUAUCAUUUCAACAAUAAUUACCUUAUUUAUUUUAUUUCAACUAAAAAUUUCUUUACUAUCAUUUCCUCUAUCACCCUCAUCAAAAACAAUCCAAACACCAAAAACAAAAAACCCUUGAGAAUUAAAAUGAACGAAAAUUUAUUUGCCUCUUUCAUCACCCCUACAGUAA